AUGCUUUUAGAACUAGAGACAAAAAAUAAAUACACAAAAAAACAAUUUAUAGAGCAAACUAACCAGUUUUAUGACACAUUUUUAUUGUAUAUUGAAAAGUGGGGAAAUUCAUUUGAAGAACUAAAAAUAUUUCGUUGGACACAAUUGAUAAAUUGUCCAACAUGGAAUGAUAUUCAAAAAAGUUUAACAUUUAUUUUGCAAAAUAAUAAACAAACCGGUUGGGAUGUGGAUGAAGAUAUUCUUUUUGAUGAAUAUAAUCAUGUAGUUAAUGCUAUAAAUGCAAAUUUAAAAGAAUGGCAGAAUAAAUAUGUUUGUGUUGAAGAAAGUUGGUGUGCUAUCUAUAAAAUUUUAAAUAGUAAAAGUAUAUUGAUAAAUAAUUUUUGGAAUAUUAUAGAAUAUUCUCUAGCAAUGCCUGGAACAAAUGCUGCAAUUGAAAGAGUAUUUUCUAUCACUAAUGUGUUAUGGACGGACGAAAAAAAUCGCUUUCUUGCUCCUACCAUCAAAUCAAUUAUAAUUUUAAAAAAUCAUUUCAACAAAUUUUCGUGUAAUGAUUUUUAUGAUUUUUUGCUUACACAACCAAAACUGUUAAACGCAAUAAUUUCAUCGCAAAAGUACAGUAACGACACAUUUGAUAAUAAAAGACAUAACGAGCAAUCGACAUCAACCCAAUAA